GGUUCCGCUGCCAGAACCGGAGCAGGAGCCGCUGUCACCCCCCCCCCCCGCCACCGGCAUGGUGGCCCCCGCGCUGCUGGCGCUGGCACUCGGCACCUUGGGUGCCAUCGCAGACAUCCCCAAACCACAGCUGCACUCCCCGCACACCGCGGUGGCCGGCGAGGAUCUCUGGGUUAACUGCUCCCUGUCCCCAAACGCCCCCAAGGACACCAGGCUGAAUUUGGUGGCCCAAAAUCGCUUUGGGUUGCCACUGAAUGGGAGCUGCUCGGACCUGGACUGGUUCCUGAAGCAGUGCCAGUAUUGGGUGCCCGAGGAUGAGGAGGGAGAGCUGAACGUGAGCUGCGAGGCGGAGAUGAUGCCCUACGGGAGCCGGAGGGAAUGGAAACAAAUCCGGGUGCACGUCAAACCCCGCCUGGAUUGCCCGGCCCAGCUGAACUGGACCGAGGGUGAGAACGAAAUCCUGGAUUGCCGGACUCGCGGAAUUCCGGAUCCGGAGCUGAACUGUACCAAGGACGGGAUUACCCUUCCCGUGGGGACUCCGCUCCGCGCCGAGCGAAUCCACGCCGGGAUUUACCUGUGCCGGGCACGGAAUUACCUGGGGAGCGCCGAGAGGAACGUGACCGUCUGGGUGCAGUACUCCGCCCCCGACUCCGCGCCCUUCCCGCUCCUCCCCGUCCUGCUCGGGCUCCUCCUCCCAGCGCUGGCCUUACUGGUCCUUACUGGUUUGUACUGGUGGCACCGCCACAGCACCAAGGUGGGCGAGUACUGGCUCUGGAAACGACACCCGAGGCCACCGGGCCACCAAGGGGCCACCAAGGGACUGCCCUAGGCCGGGAGGCCAAACUGGGACAAACUGGGACAAACUGGGACAAACUGGGAUGGACUGGGAGGGAC